AUUUGUAAAUGGAAAAUAACUCAUUUUGUAAAGUAAAUUCAUGAUUUGAUGUAGUUAUCUGUUCCAACAUUUAAAUAAUAUGACUAAUUACAAGGUGUAAUUCUCUAUUGUAUUGAUGUAUAAGUGAUUGGUGUAACAGGUUGGAGAUUAGAAUUAAGGUAUUAAGUAUAUUAAGUUUAUCUAAGAUAUAGUGAUUUAUUUGAUUUGGAUACCAUUCUAAGAGCAUAAUUUCAAAGGUUACCUAAAUUUCCAGGUAAAACCUUAAGCAAACUUACUACAACAAUUUAAUUCGAAAAGAGAAGAGUUAAACUAAAUUUUUAUCUCUCUUCAAUCUCUGAAAGACUAGACAUAGUUACAUGUCCAGUAUUUUGUGAAUUAUUCGAAAUAAUGAAAUAUGCUCCCAAAUAUGUUUUUGAAUAACCAAAAAUAAUAAACUCUUAAUAGCAUAAUCAAACAAUAAAGAAUUGUUAGUAUAUACCUGAAUUAGGUAUUGAUUUUUAUUUAACAUUUUAAAGAGUAAUUAUUUAUUGUCUCAUGUCAAACUGAAGGAUAUAAAUAAUUGAUGGCUUAUAUGUAAAAUAAUUAAAAUUAGAUUGUUGAAGCACUGGGAUUAGUAGAAUUAUUUAGUUUGAAAGAUAAUUAGAUGAUAAAAAGAUGGUAAGAAUGCUUUGUCAAUUAAGUAUAUCUCAACAAUAUAAAAGGCUUAAUGUUUACAUUACUCAGAUGGAGCAUUGAUUGUAGGACUUGAAAAAGGAAAAAUCAUCGUAUAUUAAUUAGAUUCAGAUUUAAAUGCACCUUUACAUACAUCUUCUUAUUAAAUGCACAAGAUGAGAGUAAAUGGAGUAUAUUAUAAUAAACUAAAAAAAGUUAUUUAUUCUAUUAGUUAAGAUGGAACUUUUGUUAUAACUUAUAGAGAUUAUUUGAAACACAAAGAUUGUAAUAUAUAUUAUAAUUUUAGGUAGAAUUGUUAUUAAAAGGUGAGUUGACUUGUUUAUUAGUUUGUGAACAUCGUUAAAUUUCAUUUAUAGGCAAUUCAAAAGGAUCAGUGUUUAUAUUAGAUAUCAAUAAAGAAAAUGUUCAAUAUAUAAGAAGAGUUGAUUGUUAAGCAUCAUCUAAAAUAGUAGAUCUAGCUAUUAAUAAUAAUUAAGGAUUUCUAUUUGCUGCAUCUGAAAUAGGAUAAUUAUAAGUAAUAGAUAUUGGUCAAUUUGGAAGAGAAAUCAAUUCUAAAGCUAAAGUUACUAUUUAAACUAAUUAAAAAACAAAAAAGAUAUCAUAUUGUUAAUAAAGACAUCAUUUAUAUAUUGGUGAUACUAUAGGAAAUGUUACUGUUAUUAGUGAGUAAACUGGAUGUCCAAUAUGUAAUUUUAGAUAUUAUUUAUAUUAGAUUCUUUGUCAGCUCAUGGAUUAGAUGUAAUGAUUACAUUAGUUUAUUAUCUUUAAGAUACUAAUAAACUUAUUACUUAUGGUAAAGAUUAAAUACUUAAAUUUUGGGAGUUUCCGACUUGGAUUGAUUUGAAUGAAAUUAAAAGAUAAGAAUAUCAAGAAAUCAGAUAAGAAUACUUAACUUAAUAAUAAAUCAAAUAGAAAACAUUGAAAACAGAUAAAUACUAAGAUGAUGAUGAAGAUGAUUUAAAUGAUUGGCAUAAAAAUAAUAAAUGA